AUGUCUUAUGAUGAUGAUGAGGAUUUGGGGACCAUCCGUGCGUUGGUAGCUAGAGUUGAGGCGCUGGAAAAGGAACGCAGGCAGCCGCUGGAUGCUGAUGCGGGUACAAGUACCGCUCCGGCAGGUAAGAAAUCUGCACGGUUGGCUUCUAAAGUGCCUAAAAAUCGUAUUCUUGCUGAUUUGGUUUCCAGGACUGGUGUUCUUGAAGCUGCAGUACCCAUUGAAGAGCCCUUAGCAGCUGGGUCGCCAGCUGCUUUGCCUGCGGUUCCAGAUACCAUCUCUUCUCCUGCGGUUCCAGUCAUACCUGCUGUUGGGCCUCUUCAAGCGCCACUGCUGUUUUCGCCACCGGCGGCCACGGCUCUGCCUGCGGGAGCUUCGGGGUUUGUCGCACCCCCAGUGGUUGCCUCUCCGGCUGCUUAUGCAGGUUUGUUGAGCCUUUCAGUCCCCGUGAGGAUCGUACUGUGUGGCCACUCUAUCUUGUUUUGGGCGCACCGGCGUGCCUCUUCGUCGAUACCUGGAACACAGCUGCAGCUUUCGGCCAUAGCUACGGUUCGAUGGGAAGCCUGCAGGGGCAUGUUAUGGGAUGCGCUGUUGCCAUCAGUUUGCCAGAUUAUGUCUUCGGCGGAUCGGCCUCAUUCUUUCAAGGAACCUAUGGAUUCUGAAAGAACACAGAAAGGUGCAGACAUGCCAUAG